CGCAGCUCGGCCGCUGAAGCCGCUCCCCUGGCUAAGCCCGCGGGCUGGCUGCACCGUCGCUCCCGAGCCUAGGCCGGGUAGGAACGGCCGGCAGGUUCCGCGCGCCGAGGGCGCCCCAGCCCGGCCGUGCCUGUCGCCCGCUGGUGCAGAGUCGUCCGUAGGCGGCUCCUUCCUGUGCAAAGUUUUCUGUCCUCUUCCUCCUCCCGCCCUCCGCGCGUCCAGCCUCGCGCGCUCCUGCCUCCUCCUCGGGGUCGCCGCGCUCUCCGGCAGCGCAGCCCUGCGCGCCUCCCGGCCGAGCCCGCAGCCAAUGGCCGAGGCAGGCAGGCUUCCCGCGGAGCCCGAAGGCGAGGCAGGCAGGCUUCCCGCGGAGCCCGAAGGCGAGGCGGCGGCGGCUCCGGCUCCCGAGCCCGAGGCGCCCGCCCAGCCCCCGGCGCCCGCCCUGCGCUGGCUGCCGGCGGACCUGAGUCCCCGCGGCCGCUCGCAGAGCGACCUCUCGGCGUGCUCGAGCAGGGCCCGCCCGCUGCGGCUCCACAUCUCCGGCUCAGUUGAUGGACUGGACAGAGCUUCCAUAGCAGACUCAGAUGGCCCUCCAGCAGGCUCCCAGACUCCACCCUUCAAGAGAAAGGGGAAACUGUCCACCAUCGGUAAAAUCUUCAAGCCUUGGAAAUGGAGGAAAAAGAAGACCAGUGACAAAUUUCGAGAAACCUCAGCAGUGUUAGAGAGGAAGAUAUCCACCAGGCAAAGUAGAGAGGAGUUGGUAAGAAGAGGCGUGAUUAAGGAACUGCCUGAUCAAGAUGGAGAUGUAACAGUUAACUUUGAAAAUUCAAACGGGCACAUGAUACCCAUCGGAGAGGAAUCCACCCGAGAGGAGAAUGUAGGGAAGUCUGAAGAAGGUAAUGGCUCUGUAUCUGAGAAAACACCACCUCGGGAGGAAAAGGCAGAAGAUAAGAAAGAGAACACUGAAAACCUCUCUGAAACACCGGCAGCACCUGCUCUACCUCCUCCAGCUCCUCCUAAGCCUAAACCCAAACCUAAACCCAAAAAAUCACCUGUGCCUCCCAAAGGGGCCACUGCUGGGCCCGGCCACAAAGGUGACGAAGUGCUUCCUAGUAAAAAAAAUGCCAAGGCUCCCGGUAAGCAGGUCCCUGUCCCUCCACCCAAGCCACCAAGCCGAAACACGACCCAAGCGUCUGCUGGUUCUUCUCAUUCAAAAAAACCAACUGGCUCCAAAGCAUCUACUUCACCAUCUACUUCAUCCACCUCUUCUCGUCCCAAAGCUUCAAAAGAAACAGUUGCUAGCAAAACAGGGACAGUAGGGACCACAAAGGGCAAGAAAAAAACUGGCAAGCAGGCAACAGCUUCUCGACUGUCCUCAGACACCGUGACCACCGGUGCAUCUGAUCUCAAAGGAGAACCUUCUGAGGCCAGAGCGGAGAUUCUCCAACCUGACCAGACUGUCCCCAGGGCCGAGGAGCAGAGCAAGGGCAAAGCCAAGCCCAGCAUCCCUCCACCCCUUGUGGCUGCCCCACCUUCCCCUCCUGCCCCUCCUCUGCUCCUUGAGAAUCAGUGCAUUGUCGCCCUGGACACUCCUGUGGUUCUGGUCAGCAAUGGAGCUGACCUGCCUGUCUCUACCUUAGACCCAAGUCAGCUCUGGACCGAAGAGCCAACCAGCAGAGCCACUGUCCACUCAGGCGCUGGCUUGAGUGUUAGCAGAGAAAAUGCUAAAUGUUUUAUAACCAAAGACGAGCUGGAGAAGGCAGCCCCUCAGCUGCUGACCCCGGGGCUGAUGGGAGAAUCUUCAGAGUCCCUCAGUGCUCCUGAGGACGAAGGAACCAGGGAGUACCAGGCCAACGACUCCGACUCAGACGGGCCCAUCUUGUACACUGACGAUGACGAGGAAGAAGAUGAGGACGAGGACGGCGGUGGAGAAAGUGCUUUGGCCAGUAAGAUACGACGAAGGGAUACUCUUGCCAUCAAGCUUGGCAACAGACCAUCGAAGAAAGAGUUAGAGGACAAAAACAUCUUGCAGCGAACAUCUGAAGAAGAGAGGCAGGAAAUCCGACAGCAAAUUGGAACCAAGCUGGUGAGGAGACUCAGCCAAAGGCCCACAACGGAAGAAUUGGAGCAAAGAAAUAUCCUAAAACAAAAGAAUGAAGAAGAAGAACAGGAAGCCAAAAUGGAACUUAAGCGUAGACUCAGCCGGAAGCUCAGCCUGAGACCCACAGUAGCAGAGCUACAAGCACGAAGGAUCCUGCGAUUUAACGAAUAUGUAGAAGUCACUGAUUCUCCCGACUAUGACCGCCGGGCAGACAAGCCCUGGGCCAGGCUAACACCUGCAGACAAGGCAGCAAUAAGGAAAGAACUAAAUGAAUUUAAAAGCACAGAAAUGGAAGUUCAUGAAGAGAGUCGACAAUUUACAAGGUUUCAUCGUCCAUAAAGGAGUGUGGGACUAUUUGCAAGCACAGAUUGAUCAUCUUUAGGGGAAAGAAGCCCUGCUUCCCGAAAAGCUGAUACUGCACUGAGACUUGAAUGUGUGUGAUUCCAUUUAACUUGUGGUGAAGGAAGUGUGUGACUCAGCUUUGUUCCAAGUACUCCUCACCUCUGCAGCCCAGAGGGGGCCAGUGAGCAAAGGGAAGGAUGCAGUAACCUUGUUGCCCACAAUGUGCACUGAUGGUGAGGGACAUUGGUUACAGCAGCUAUUCUUCAUCAGGAGUUUUAAUCAAAGAAGAUGAGCAGAAGACAAUCACCGGUUCCCUACUACCAGAAAGCCAAAAGAUUUAGUGCCUAUGGAUUAAAGAAAAAUUGCUGGGCACAGGAAAGAGGUGGGAGUUGAAAAUCAGAAAGAAAGAGAUAUAUUUCAUUAUGUUAAUGAAGAAAAGAGAAAGUUGAAGCAUAAAUGUAUUUUUGAAGUAGGCAUUUGGUAGCUGAGAACUUAUUAAGGGGUUGGGAAUCUUUAAUACCCAGUGUGGGUUCCUUAAAGACUGAAUUUUACACAAAUAUUCUUGUUGUACCAUUAUUUUAUGUUGUGCCAGUGAAUCCAGUUGCCAGAAACAAAUCUGAAUGUUUUCAUGCAUCUUUUUCUUAAAUGCAAGAGACUUCUACUGACUCCUACCAAGCAUGCUUAUCCAAAUUUUGUUGUAUGCUUUAAGUAGCACAGCUGUACACACACUUGACAUUUUUUAUACCCCUUUCCUACAGUGUCAGUUUUCCACGAAGAUAAUGGCACUGGGCAUAAAGUCAGAUGCAAUGUAACCCUAUAAAACUGUCAUAGCUUUAGGAACAAAUCUAAUUUUUUUUCUUUCCCUAUCUCAAUUAUCUCCAAAGUCAAGCAACCAUACUUGAUCUCAAGAAGAUAGUAUAGCAUUUUAAGAAUGCAAAGUUAAAACUUAAGUAAUGUACAACUGUGUGCUGUGUCCCAUUAGUUCUGAGGGGGAAUGCAAAGGACCAGUUAUUUUUUCAGUGCUGCAUUAAAAAAAAAAAAGUUGAGUUGCUGCUAUUAAAACAGUAAUAUACAUGCAUCAGAAAAUAUAUAUCCCAAGUCUUAAAAGAACACAAAAAAAUUCUGCUAAGUUCUGUGUGUGGGAGGAAGCUCAUUUUUUUAUAUUAAGAGUCUGCAGAUCACAUCCAUAAAUACAGUACUUAUUUUCAAUCCCAGAGAUCAGUGAGAUGAAAAUCAGCUUCCCUGUGAGCCUACAAGCAGUAUUGUUUACAUCCAUCGAGAAGCCCUGUUAUUGUAGUGCCCUUUCUCAUGGACUGAAUCCCAAGCUCAGUUUGACCCCUGUUCCCCGUAUCCUGAAUGUGUGUAAAUACCACCUUGCAUUUAAUUGUUCUUCUCAGUUGUUCUGUGCCCCUUUUUAUUAAAAAUAUGUAACAAAAAGGCAAGACCUAACUAGAGUUUAUUUUAUUCUUAGAGCUCAGAGUAGAAUUUCCUGAAUUGCUUCUGGUUUGGAAUGUGGAAGGCUAUAAUUUUUAAUUUCAACCCAAAACUAAGCAUUUCAUCUGUUGGUUAAAUUAGUUAAAUUUAAUUAGUUAAUUAAAUAAUUAGUUAAAUUUAGAUUCCUCCAUUCAUUGGUAAUUUUUUUUUAAAAAAUCAUUUCAAAUUGGAUGAUUUUACUUCAAACUUUUUUAAAAAAUUUUCCCCUCUUGGCCUAUUAUAAAAAGCCAGGACCAUUUUAUAAGAAAAGUAACCAGCAUUAUUGUACCUCUUGCUGCACUCAGCUAUGGGCAUUAAUAAAAUAAACCUGCUCUCUGUACUCCUGUCUUUUUUUCUAAUCAGAUAAGACAUAUUUUGCUUUGAAAUUUUUCUUUGCAUGCCUAAGUGUCUGUCUCUGGCUGAUGUUUUGUCUGGUUUUUGUUGGUAUUGUUUGUUUGUGGUGCUGCUAGGACCUGGUACAUGCUAGGCAAGUAUUCUAUCACUGAGCUAUACCACCAAGCUCUUGUUUUACAGUGUUUCAAUUGAGCCAUAAAAAUUAACUUUGCUCCCCUUUUUUUCCCCAAAUCAUCCUUUUCUUUAGGUAUUUCAAUGUCAUUUUAGUGUCUUGGGAGAAAUACCAGGAAUAUAAUGUUUCUUUUCUUUCUCUAUGCUUAUACUCAUUGAACGUUUUUUAAAAAUUUCUAAUCACAGGUCUCUCUAUGUAAUAGUAAAUACAAGACAUUAUUACCACUUCAGUUAGGAUACAUGUCAUAGAAAGUUUCUGUUAGAUUGGUGAAAGGAACAGUUUUUCCCUGUGGAGCAAUUGAUGUAAUUUUUAAUUCCCUACAAUAAGAUCCACCCAGUACAAAAAUGAAAAAUUGGUACUUCAAUGUAUUGUUUUCCUUGUAUAAUAUAUCAGAUAAAUGAACUACCCACACUUUUUCUUCAUAUUCAUCAGUGUGUUUAGAGAAAAUUUUAUGUUAGAAGUUUCUUUCUUUCUUUUUUUUUUGGUACCGGGCAUCGAUCUCGGGUCCUUGCGCUUGCGCAGCAGACGGCAAAACCACUGAACUAAAUCCCCGGCCCUAUGUUAGAAGUUUUAAAAAAUACUUUAACUACUACUAAUCUAAUCUUUAAGUCAUUGGACUACUAGUUAUUUCAUUAGAAUGAUACCUCAAAUAAAAGACUGUACAAAGAACUAAAGAAUUGUGAGUGAAGAUGCAUUUCACAGAGUAAAUCUAUUUUCUUGGUUAAUUUUAAGAGGUAGAAAUCCUGCAUAACCCCACCAGCAUCCUACCCUGGGGUCUUCCGCCCUGCACCCCUGAAAGGAUGCAAAGGCGCAGGCCACUCUUCCUGCGAUCCUGCCUCCGCCCACAUCCACAAUCCAACCAGUGUGCUUCUGUUCUAUAAGGAAAGGAAAUGUGUUUGAGAAUUGGUUUUCUUUUGUCUUUUUUUCAUGCUGAGGAUUGAACCCAGGGGCUGGUGUACACUAGGACACACUGUACCACUGUGCUACACCUGUAGCCCCUGGAUUUCAUUUUUGUUGUUGCUGCUGUAACACAAUCUCUUGGGCUGGGGAUUUAGCUCAGUGGUUCUGCCCCCUGCCUCUCAAGCUCAAGGUCCUGAGUUUGAUCCCCGGUACUAAAAAAAAAAAAAAUGUUGUAACACAAUUCCAGGUUUUUGCUAACGUCCACCAUUAAUUAGGCUUAUGUAGAACAAGUGAGCAGGUUUUAUUGGGUCCCUGAGAGAUGAUUAAGGAAGAAAACCAACAUCCCUAGGAAGGUUCUGGGCAGAAAAGAAGUAGAGUAUAAAAUCCAGAGUAGUAACCAGGUAGUAAGAAGAUGCUACGUAGGCUUCAUCAGCAUUUUCCUAGUCAUUACCAAUCAAUCUGCAAAGUUAGGUCUCUGAUGAUCAGCAUUAAGGCAACUUGUUUAAUAAUUCCUGAGUAUGUGAAGUGUCUUGCAUUUUCUUGUGUUAGCUAUAUCUUUCUUUAAUUCCUUAAAUAGUUAACUAAAACCUACACUAUUCAGAGAACAAUCUUAGGCAUAUGAUUAGCUGUUUUAAUUGAAGGAAAAAGCAAUGAUAUCUCUCCUUCUUACUUAUCCAAAUAUGUUGACUUUCUGGUUUCAUCUUUAUACCCGUAGUAGUGGAAUGAGUGUAGUUACUUACCUUUCUUUAAUGUCAGUAAAAAAUUCUGAAAUUUACCUGAAAAUAUAAGGAAAUAGAAGGACCAAUACACCCUUCAAAAAUCACCAAAUAUUAAAGAGGAGCUAUGCAUCUUUAAAAUCCAUAAGUCGGAUUUUGAAUCCUACAACUAAUUUAGUGCCAAGUUGGAUUUAGAACAAAAAUACAAUAGCUUACACUUAAAAGAGAAAAAAUCUGCAUGAACACUGCAUACUCUGAUAUAAACCACAUCAAUACACAACAGGCAUUUUAUUUGUACUUCAUGGAGUUAGGCAGACACAACUUUCAAAAAUUAUACAAUAUUCAGAAUACAAGAAGACACUCUUAUCCACCACAUCCAUACUUAAAUAGUGAAAACUAUUUUAUUCCCCUCUGGCUCAAAAGUUUCACUAGUCUGUUACUAUUUUUUUUUUUUUUUUGGUACCUGGGAUCGAACUCAGGACCUUGCAUUUUCGAGGCAGGGGCUGGAACCACUGAGCUAAAUCCCCAGCCCCAAGUCUGUUACUAUUUUUAAGUGGUCCUAGAAGCAUAUUUCAGAGUUAGAAAUUUUUAUCAGAGUAAGGUGGAUUUAAACUAACAAGAUAUAUGAACUUCUGUCAUUUUUAUCAAUAUGGCAGAACUGUUUAAGCAUUCCUAAGUUUCAUGUAUAUUAAGCCUAUCCUCUGUAGUAAAAGUUUAUACUUUGAGAUCAUUAUUUCUUCAGAUCAUUAGAGUACUUUGUAAGCACUAAAAAAAUCUUUCAGAUGCAGUUUAUCUAUGACAUUUCCCCUGGGUUGCUUGAAAUGGUUAAUCUCUCAUUAGUAUUUUCCCUCUACUUCCUAGUGGGAUACACUAUGGUCUUACAUAACAAAGCAAAGUGCAUUUCCAGAGUUCAGGUAUGUUCUAGAGGAGAAAGCAAUGACAAAGUAACCACCCAUUAAGGGGAAUAUUUUUGGAGAGAAAGCAUGUCCCCUGGACAGUGCAAAGCCCAAGUUUAAGGGGAACUUUAGGUGCUACUGGAAGAGCAGGUGGAGGCCAGAGGGUUGUGGGAGCAAAGCUAGAAAACCCCACACCACUCACAUUUUCACUUGCCAGUUACUUUUUGUAAUUGCUGAGCUUAAGUUUCGUUUGGAAACGUGAACCACCUCAAAAGAAGCUGAAAUCAACCCAGCUAUGCUUUUUUGAAGUCUGGGUCAUCCCAAAUUAAGAAAUCCCAUUGUAUACAUUGUAAGAUUUCUGAUGAAGAAAUGGACCCUCCUGAGGCAGCUGUUCGCACCUAAAGUAGCCCUCUAGAAAAGGGCCAUUUUUAGCUAGGCUAGGAUUUACUGCACAGAAAUAUAAAAUCUCAUUUAGUUUGCGGCAUCGCUGUCACAGCUGCCCGUGCGUGCCCAGUGCUGGUGAUCAGUGUUUCUCACCGGAAUGCUGUUGGCAUUUGGGUCUGGGCUUUGUUGUACAGAACCAUCCCACGCAUUGCAGGGUACUUAGUACCGCAUGCUGCUGCUGACUAAAUGCCAGUAGCAUUCGAAGGCGUUGUGGAAACCAAAAGUAAGAAGCCUUCCUGUGUUCAUUGGCUGUCUACAGGAGAGUGCUACUCCCUCCCCUGAAGACCACUGUCUGUUGCAAUUUGAUGACACACAGGAAAAGAGACUGAUCCCAAAACAUUAUUUCUGUGGCCUUGCUUUUCUUUGGCCCCCUUCACUUUUCGAGCCUUCAGCUUCAGUGCAGUUUUAUUGCCAUUUCUUUGGGGGAAGAGGCAUCAGGGCAGUUGUGGUAAGGCCAGUCAGCUGACAUAGUAACUUGGCCUGGCCCCUCCAUCUACUUAAAGAAGAGAUUUUACACGAAGCAGGCUUUUUUUUGUUUUGUUUUUCUCUCACAAUUUUACCCCAGAACUGCACUGCUGGUCAUCGUGCUUAUCGGUGUCAUGAGGAUUGUUGCAAGAGUUAAACACGAACACAGUGACUCUUAAUCUGUAUAAACAAAGCUAGUUGUCUUUGGAAGUCACUAUUAGAUUUUACCUGGUAACACAGCAGCCAAUAAGUUCCAAAAGAAUCUCCUGUUUCUCCUAGGAAUGAAGCAUUUCAUCCAAAUGCAAAGGCUUGAAUUCUCCAAUACAUACAUUUGCGCAGUUCAACUCUUUUAAUAAGCUUUGUGAAUACUGUUAUGAUGGAAAUGUGGAUUAAUGUGAAUUGCAUGCAUAUUCAUACUGCAGUGAUAGUCAUACAUGAAAUAAGAUGGGUUUUAUCUAGGUGAAAUAUUACUGAACUGUCCUAAUAAUACAGAAACAUACUUAUUCUCUGUCACUUUUUAUCUGAAACUGAAUGGUUAAUAUGUCUUAAAAUUAUUUGGAUGAAUUGUGGCUAGGAGGAUGGAAUUAAUUUAGUGACUAUGAUUUGUUUUAAAUAUUAAAAUUCCAGACAAGAUUUUGAGGCAGAGCAACUCAAAGUUGAUAAAGGUGGUUAUAUUGUAAACUCAUAGAUGGUGCUUAAAAAUUCUUAUCUUUUUUAAAAGCAAUAUUUUUUUUACACAAAGAAUUGAAAGGAGUGAAUGAGACAGAAUGGCACUCCACCCUCAGGUCUAUUUUAGGGUGUAUUAAGAUGGCAAUAAUGUUUGUGCCACUUGCCAAUCUGGGGAGCUUUUCCCUUACCCGAUGCUUUUGUUAUAGUUUGACUGUAUCAUUAACAUUGCUUAGGAAGCCUCCACACUGAGAAGUUGCCACUGCAGUGCUAACCAGCAUUUGGAAAUAUCAGAAUGAAUGAAGGGUCAGACCACUUUCAUCACUUAAAAUAUGGGCACUAAUUUUUCUUUCUUUUUUUUUUUUUUAAAGUAUUUCCUUUGUGGCUUAGAAAUGUGCCAGUGUAUUUGAAACAUUCUACACCAAUUUUGCCAGUUAAAUAUCUACUAAAAUUUAAACUAGUCGGGAGUUUUUUUCCUCUGUGACAGUAAUUUUUGAAAAAUGGACUAUCUGCAUUUUUUGUUCUUUCAAGCUUCAGUUAAAGUGCUAAGAAUGGUAAACUGUGAUCAUUAUCAGACUAACUGAAUGACUCCUAACUUCCAGUGCAUGAUCUAGUGUUACACAGGUAUAAUAUCUGUGAGUGUAAAUAACUGGAACUGCAUACUGAUUAACACAACAGUUUAUCUUUUCUGUUGUUGUUGUUCUUAAUCUGUACUGUAUUAUAGAAUGUGGGUAUAAAUAUCUACAAGUAUACACACAUAUGUAUAUGUAUUCCACUAUUGUAACCUGAAAAAGAGACCAUGUAUUAUCUUUUUUAUCCCAUAUUGGUAUUUGUGUUAUUUAAAAAGCAAACUUUGCUCUGUCUAGUGGUAUACUGUAAUAGGAGAUAUUGCUGUGCACAAUUCUAAGUGCCUUAGAACAUUGUCUAGCUUCCCUAAGUAUAUAUAAAUGCAUACAUGUAUAAAAUUGGGAAACAUUACCUCAAUAAAAUCACUGGGAACCCCCCCCA